ACGCAAGCGGCGCCACCGUCUCCAAGGAGUGGUCCGGGGCACCGGUUUCAAAGUCGCAGGGCGGGCCGAGUGGACUUCCGCUACUGGCCUGGGGCUUCCCAGCCGUCUUGGCGUCGUCCUCUCCAACCCCCGCCGCUCCGCGUAGAACGCAGCUCUCAGGCUGCCUUCCAGUUCCUGCGGCACUCUCCUAGGUGGCCCGACGAGACCCAGAGUGACCCGCGGGACGCCUGUAUCGACCGCGUCCUCUUCCCACCAGGGUGGGAUUCGGUUGAACGUGGAGCAGAAUUCACUUGGCGCGUCCCCAGCAAUCUUCAGUCUCUCACCAGGGUCAGGGACUCGUCUGGGGCGCGGGGGAAGGAAGCGUGGCGGGGCUGUAGAUGCCGCGUGAGCAGGAUGCAGAUUGCACCGCUGGAGCGCUUGACAACCAACCGAGCGUUGGCUUAGUUUUGUUUUCCCGCACAGCAAGCUCUCUUUCAGAGGAAGGUAAAGGUGGUGAAAGCUCCAAACUAAAAUUGUAUCGAAAUGGCUACAGAAAUCGACUUUCUGAGAGAGCAAAAUCGAAGACUAAAUGAAGAUUUUAGGCGGUAUCAAAUGGAAAAUUUUUCCAAAUAUUCAUCUGUACAGAAAGCUGUCUGCCAAGGAGAAGGAGACGACACACUUGAAAACCUAGUAUUUGACCAAAGCUUUUUAGCUCCUCUUAUUACUGAGUAUGAUAAACACCUAGGAGAACUAAAUGGGCAGCUGAAAUAUUAUCAGAAACAGGUGGGUGAGAUGAAACUACAACUUGAAAAUGUCAUCAAGGAAAAUGAAAGGUUGCACAGUGAAUUAAAAGAUGCUGUUGAAAAAAAAUUGGAGGCCUUUCCCCUUGGCACAGAGAUAGGAACUGAUACAUAUGCAGAUGAUGAAACAGUCAGAAACCUUCAAGAACAAUUGCAGCUAGCCAAUCAAGAAAAAACUCAGGCUGUGGAACUCUGGCAGACUGUUUCUCAGGAGUUGGACAGACUACACAAGCUUUACCAGGAACAUAUGACUGAGGCCCAGAUUCAUGUAUUUGAAAGUCAAAAACAGAAGACUAACCAACAGUUUCUGAAAACAGUAACUGAACAAAGUGUGAUAAUCGAACAACUCCGAAAAAAACUUAGGCAAGCCAAAUUAGAGCUGAGAGUUGCUGUAGCAAAAGUGGAAGAGUUAACUAAUGUGACUGAAGAUCUGCAGGGACAGAUGAAAAAGAAGGAGAAGGAUGUGGUGUCUGCCCAUGGAAGAGAGGAAGCAUCAGAUAGGCGCUUACAGCAGUUACAGUCUAGUAUAAAACAAUUAGAAAUAAGAUUAUGUGUGACAAUCCAAGAAGCCAACCAAUUAAGAACAGAAAAUACACAUCUGGAAAAACAGACCAGAGAGCUACAAGCAAAGUGCAAUGAAUUAGAAAAUGAGAGAUACGAGGCUAUUAUAAGAGCCAGAAAUAGCAUGCAACUCUUAGAAGAAGCUAACCUUCAAAAAAGUCAGGCUCUACUUGAGGAGAAGCAAAAAGAAGAAGACAUAGAGAAAAUGAAAGAGACAGUUUCUCGUUUUGUACAAGAUGCUACCAUAAGAACCAAGAAAGAAGUUGCAAACACCAAAAAACAAUGUAAUAUACAAAUUUCUCGAUUAACAGAAGAACUUUCAGCCCUUCAAAUGGAGUGUGCUGAAAAACAAGGCCAAAUUGAACGAGUCAUUAAGGAAAAAAAAGCAGUGGAAGAAGAACUAGAAAAGAUUUACCGUGAAGGCAGAGGAAAUGAGAGUGAUUCCAGAAAACUGGAAGAAAUGCACCAAAGAUUCCUGGUUUCAGAGCGUUCAAAAGAUGAUCUUCAGCUAAGACUUACGAGAGCAGAAAAUAGAAUAAAACAACUUGAAAUUGACUCCUCAGAAGAAAUAUCACGUUACCAAGAAAUGAUUCAGAAACUUCAAAAUGUAUUGGAGUCUGAGAGAGAGAACUGUGGGCUUGUCAGUGAACAAAGGCUAAAACUUCAGCAAGAAAAUAAACAGUUACGGAAAGAGACUGAGAGUUUAAGGAAGAUUGCCCUGGAGGCUCAAAAAAAAGCCAAAGUAAAGAUCAGUACAAUGGAACAUGAAUUUUCAAUAAAGGAACAUGGGUUUGAAGUGCAAUUGAGAGAGAUGGAAGACAGUAAUAGAAAUUCCAUUGUUGAACUGAGGCAUCUCCUAGCGACUCAACAGAAGGCAGCCAAUAGGUGGAAAGAAGAAACGAAGAAACUUACUGAAAGUGCAGAAAUUAGAAUCAAUAAUCUAAAGAGUGAGCUGAGUCGACAGAAACUUCAUACCCAAGAGCUGCUUUCUCAGCUGGAAAUGGCAAAUGAAAAGGUAGUUGAGAAUGAAAAGCUAAUUCUAGAGCAUCAAGAAAAAGCCAACAGACUUCAAAGGCGUCUAAGUCAAGCAGAAGAGAGAGCUGCUUCAGCUUCCCAGCAGCUCAGUGUGAUUACAGUGCAGAGAAGAAAAGCAGCCUCCCUGAUGAAUCUGGAAAAUAUUUAAAAAUAUUCAUAGUUCACUCACAGAACUUUAGAGUUGGGAAAGCAGUUGGACUAGAAGUGUAUUGAAAUGGUAAAGCCUGCAAAGUAUAAUUGUUAAGGCUUGUGUUAUUUUGCGUAAGCAUUGUUGUUCUGUUUUAAGGGUUAUUGGAAAACAGAGCAGUGACCACUUCCUGUAAGUAAAGAAAAUAUAAUCCUAUAUUGAGCUUCAGUGGAGAAUAAACCAGCUGAGAAGAACUCAUUGCCUUCAUCAACGUGUCUGUUUUUUAAUUCCUCUUUUUUCCCUUGAAAGGACAUAAUAAUUUUCAAACUAUGCAAAUUUCUAUUUCAUAAGAGUUUUUAAGAAGAUUCUAGAAUUUAAUAUUUCGGUUUCCAAGAUGUGAGAAUUUUACAUCUAAUUGUUACUUCUAACUCAUUUUUAAAGUUCCUAAGUAUCCAUUUUAUUAUGAACUCAUAAAUGUAAUAAAUUGUGCAUUUUCUAAAA